AUGUAUUGCCCAUGUUUACAAUGUCCACUUAUCGUGACAGCACUUUUUCUGAUUGCAGCAAUCAUCUUCCUCAUCUCUACAAUCGUUCUUGCGGUCAUUCUUGAGUACCGAUCAAGGAACCCCAACAAAUCCGAUCCAAUAUCGAAUAUUAUUUCGAGUGUUAGCGAUGUGGUCAAUCCAACUGAAACGCCUCCGAUUCUGUGGCCAAAACCAAGCGGAAGUUUAUACGGGCGAUUCAAACGAGCUGCAAUAGCAACUGAUAAUGGAAUGUGCAGUGAAAUUGGCAGGGAUGUUCUCUUGCUGGGUGGUAAUGUGAUCGAUGCCACAAUCGCUGCGCUGAUCUGUACAGGUGUUGUCAAUCCACAAAGUUCAGGUCUUGGCGGUGGAUUCAUGAUGACCAUCUUCAACAGUACGACAGGACGUUGUGUGACUGUGAAUGCACGUGAAACAGCACCGCAGUCUGCGAAUCAGUCGAUGCUCGAGGAUUCCUCAUCUGAUUUCUUGACUGGUUAUUCAUCAGUCUUAUUCUAUCGUUGUUAUUGA